AUGAUAACAUCAGGCAAGAAGGGACUUCAUAUAAAAACGCACGGUGAUUUUUUAACCAUUUUCUUUUGCAAGAGAAAUUGGAAAUACGAACAAGACCUGGCCAGCCUGUUGUGGAAAAUUGAUUACAGGGACAUCACAUUCCGUGAACCGCUGGAGAAUACGCCGACGCCUCUAUUUUCCCGGCCCUGGCUGAAGUCACUCAGCGCCGGUGCCAACUUACUGGGAAAACGCGAAGAUAGUUCUCCAGUAUCUCAGGUGAACGGAGCCUUCAGGUCCAGCCAGGUGUCUCUCGGGUCGCAUUUGGAAGUUAACGAUACUCGGCAUCUGUACACACGGGUGGGCACCUACAAAGCACAAAUUGUCGCUGUUCGAAGAGUAAAUAAAAGACAUGUGGAACUGACGCGGACCGUAAGAAAAGAACUAAAAGUAGUAAUUUCUAUCUAUAUAUCUAUCUCUUCAUAUCUAUUGAUCUCAUUCACUUCAUAUCUAUCUAUCUAUCUUUCUAUCUAUCUAAGUCAGUCUUUUCAUAUCUAUCUAUCUAUCUAUCUAUCUAUCUAUCUAUUUAUCUAUCUAAUCUCUUCAUAUCUAUCUAUCUAUGUAAGUCAGUCUCUUCAUAUCUAUCUAUCUAUCUAUCUAUCUAUCUAUCUAUCUAAGUCAGUCUCUUCAUAUCUAUCUAUCUAUCUAUCUAUCUAUCUAUCUAUCUAUCUAUCUAUCUCACUUCAUAUGAAAUUUGUCAUGAUAUAA